ACAGCACGUAUGAACGGGAAGUGUUAAAAUAACAAGAAACAUGAAAAUAAAACAAUAAACCCAUAUGCAGAUAUUGUAGUCAAUCUGGUCUGGUAUAAUUUUACGUAUAGUAAGGAUACAAUUUAGACUAUCCUUCGAAAUAUGUUAAGGUGCGCUCAUUUGUGACGUAUAUUUUGUCAAAACUUUGUGAGUAAAAUGUUUCUGAUUUAUCCAUAAACAGUGUAAUAAACUGGUGCCGUGAUGUUUCGAAGUCGUAGUUGGUUUGGAGGUGGCUGGGGUCGACCCAAAAAUCCUCAUUCGUUAGAAAGAUUAAAAUAUUUACACAACAUUCUUUGCAAAAACACUACUGUAUCAGAAAAUAAUCGAGGUAUCUUAGUGGAAUCUUUACGGUGCAUAGCAGAAAUCUUGAUAUGGGGUGAUCAAAAUGACAGUUCCGUGUUUGAUUUUUUCUUAGAAAAAAAUAUGUUAUCAUAUUUCUUGAAGAUUAUGAGGCAAAAAUGUGGAGGCUCUUCGUAUGUAUGCGUGCAGUUGUUACAAACGCUUAACAUACUCUUUGAAAAUAUAAGAAACGAAACAUCAUUAUAUUAUUUAUUAAGUAACAAUCACGUAAACUCGAUAAUAGUUCAUAAGUUUGACGUCUCCGAUGAAGAAGUGAUGGCAUAUUAUAUAUCGUUCCUCAAGACUCUAAGCCUUAAAUUGAAUAAUCACACUAUCCAUUUCUUCUAUAAUGAGCAUACAAAGGACUUUCCUCUUUACACAGAGGCUAUAAAAUUUUUCAAUCAUCCAGAGUCGAUGGUCAGAAUUGCAGUACGUACAUUGACCCUCAACGUCUACCGAGUACAAGAUGCGAGUAUGCUGCGUUUCAUUAGGGAUAGAACUGCAGCUCCAUACUUCAGUAACCUUGUAUGGUUUAUCGGCAAACAUAUACUGGAAUUAGAUGCGUGUGUCAGAAACGAUGCUGACCAUCAGUCUCAACAGAAACUUGCGGAUUUAGUUGCGGAACAUUUGGACCAUCUACACUACAUAAAUGACAUACUAUGCCUUAACAUUCCCGACCUCAAUGACGUGUUAACCGAACAUCUCUUGCACAAACUCUUAAUACCGUUGUACAUAUAUUCCCUAACAUCCGAAUCUACCAAGCGUCCCAUCACAUCUUCCCCAUACAACAGAGACCAUUUACAAAGCAUCGAAGUAAUUACGAGGAACCUAGAAGCAAUAUUAACCGGUAAAAGUUCAGAGACACCUUCGAGAUUAAACUAUCCAAUGCUAAGACAUGAUUCCGAGGAGGAGACAAAACCAUCUGUUUCGAGUGUUGUAGCUCUUUUUCUUUUAUCACAAGUGUUCUUAAUAAUAACCCACGGACCAAUAGUCCAUGCCCUCGCUUGGAUUAUAUUACAAUCGAAUUUGUCAGUAUUCGAAGAGGGCGCCACAAAGAUAUUAGAUAUGUAUGUAAGUCACGCAAAGUCCAGUGUCAAAUUAGAGUUUUCAAAGCCACAAUUGAGCUUGGAAAAGGCUCUGGAAAAUACGUCUUGCUCUGAAAGGGAUUAUACGACUCCAGAAUAUUCUGGCGCCAAAACGUUUGGGUACGACACUGACCAUUCGAGUUGUGAUCUCGAUCCUGAGUUAGUAUCGAAUUCUCUGCCAUCCACUUCUCAUAUAAGCGAAACUUCAAGUAUCGCUCACGAUUCCACUGAAGAUUUGGUGACACAAAUUCAAACGGUCAAAUCUGGUAGUUCAGUGACCCUUGUUAAAGAGAACAUGCCGGAUUCUCCACUCCCUGAUUCCGGCGUAGAAUCGAGUUCUUCCAAAGCUAUGUCGGAUUUCAACAAUAUAACUGAUGAAGAAAAACAAAAGUUAUUAGGUGUAAAAACUAGUGGCACCGAACGCGUUACGACGAUAGAAAAUGUUUUAGAAAGAGAGGCGAGGAACAUAGAUAAGAGACCGUUUCUAAAAACUAUAUUGGACUCUUUAGACUGUAGUGAAAAUGAUUAUAAAGCGCUUUUUGCGCUGUGUUUGCUUUAUGCUUUAAUAAAUAAUAAAGGUGUUAACCCAGAUCUACUAGAGACAUUGCUCUAUCCUGAUAUGGAUGAUGUUAGUAAAACAAAUGUACCAACGAAUUCUAAUACAAAACAAGAAACGUCUAGUGAUAAUACGGAAGAAUUUAAUCAAUCCGAACAAAGAAGAAUUGACAGUUUCAAUGCGCUUUUCAUUUCGAAACUAAUGGUCAUAGCGCACUUGAGCUGUAAGCCUGCAUCUAAAGUGAGGCUUGUAACAUGCGAGCUAACAGUUCGCUUGCUGCGGACAGCAAUGCAAGGCAGUUCUGGUGUUGCCAGUUCGAGACAUAUUUCCACCGCGGAUAAUUUACGAGGAAGAGCCGCAGCGUUGGCGCGAAACUUUUACAAGUGCGACGAUAUAUUCCUGGAUAUGUUUGAGGACGAAUAUUGCGAGAUGAGUAAACGCCCUCUGAACGUGGAAUGGCUGUGUAUGGACGCAGCUAUACUGUUGCCACCCACACGCACGCCAAUGUCUGGAAUUGCAUUCGAAAAGCGAUUACCUAGUGGAGAGAUGGAAAGAGCCCGUCGUGCCAUAAGGACGUUUUUCCUCAUAAGAGAUUUAUACUUAAAAUUAACUGGGAAGCCAGAAACUCAACUGCCUCUAGCCAACCCCGCCCCUUUCGUGCCCGUUGGAGAUACUUUGGAUCUCAACGAUUCGGACCUUAUCUCUUGUGAUAUAACACAGAAAGAUGGAACAUGGCAUCAUAGAUUCCUUGCCGUGGACAACAUCCAAGUGAUCCUGGUUGAGCCGGAUAAGCAGAGGCUGGGGUGGGGUGUCGCAAAGCUUGUUGGCAGCUUGCAGGAUUUAGAGAUACAAGGCGAUAAAGAUGAUCCGCGGUGCUUACACUUAACAAUUCACAAACCGCGCAUCGGGGCCCACGGAGCCCUGCCUCGGACGGUGCUUUUGAGAGCCAAGUUCAAAUUCGAUGACCACAUACGAAGUAUGGCCGCAAAGCAAAGACUAACUAAGGGUCGCACGAAGUCCCGGCAGAAGAAAAUGCAGCAGAUCGGGCGCCUGCUCGAGGUGAGCGGCGUGUCGGCGCCCGCGCCCGCGCCGCGCCCGCGCCCGCUGUUCGCGCGCCCCGCGCUCGCCGCGCGCCGCGCCCACGGACUAGAUGGAGAUGACACGGAGCGUCGCCUGCGCCGGCCGAGCGGACACGUGCUCAAGGACGGGAUCGUGGUGUAUCGCGAGCGGACCACUAGCAGAGAAAGCGUAUCGCGAACCAGUAGCACUCACGCGUCAAGAGAGGGCUCGCCUCGGGCGCGCUCGGAGGAAAUACCGCUCGAAGAUAUCAGGAAAACCUCCGGGUUGGCCGCCGCCAUACCUUCCACUAGCUCACAACAGAGCGCGCCCAGCACGUUUCAACAUCCGCAGACUAGUACGUCUUCAGUGGAGACUUCGUUCAUAUCAAGCGAACCGCGCUUUAAACGGAAAGGAAUCGUCGAAACCAUUUGAUAUUAGACCUAAUUCUUAUCUAGUGAAAGUUCAAUUUGCUAAGUCAAAGUGCGUUGUCAGACGCUAGUGAUGUAUUAAUGUAAUUUUUCUCAAGAUUUUCUAUUCACAUAAAAAAGUAGAUCUUUUCCAUUAUCAUAUAUUAGAAAUACUAAUUGAUUGACUAAAUUUUUAAUAAUAUUGAAAUAUAGGAGAAUAUUUUUCUUUUUCUAAUGAUAAUAUCUUUUAGAAAAAAAACUGAUGAUAUGCGACAUUGAACAUAAUAAUUGUGAAGUUGUUUAAGAAUACACACAUCAAAAUAGUAUAUCAACUUAAGUCAGUUGUCAAAAUUUGAGUGAGUAAUGAAGUGAGUUCUUACAGAAUAAUACUGAUUUAAAGAAAUAUAAUGGCCCGACUACACUUUACGGUUUCCUUUGCAAUGUUGUUUGCGCAGUCGAGUUGUUGCAAAACGAUACCACCGCUUAAAUUGACUAAAUUUUUUAAUCCUUGUUAUUUAUUCACGUGACAGUGAAGUGAUAAAAUAUAUGAACAGCGUUUUCAAAAUAUUUUGUGAAUGAAUGAUUAUGCAAGUCGUUCGCAAGCCCUUAACUGCGCUGAUUUAUAACAGCAAGCGCUUUAAAGCGUAAACGAGUGAUACAUUCAUAAAUCAAAUAGUUUAAUAAUACUUAACAAGGUAUUUUUCAACCAUUCCACCAACCCGCAUUGGAGCAGCGUGGUGGAAUAAGCUCCAAACCUUCUCCUCAACUAGGGAGAGGAGGCCUUAGCCCAGCAGUGGGACAUUUACAGGCUGUUACUUUUACGUAUUUUUAAAAAAUCAUGUUGAACUAAUCAAACACGUCACACGAGUUCGUGUAGUACAAUCUGUGUGUCAGUAAUCAAUAAAAUUAAACUCGGUAUGAUGCGUAGCUCUGGUGCUGCGUUGGAAGGACAAAACAUUUUCAUAUCUAUUCUAUAUUAUAAAGCUGGAGAGUAUAUUUGUAUAAAGCCACUUAUGCCGUUAUCGUAUUAAACUUAUUCUUACUAGCUAAGUAAUAUUAUAAAUGUCAAAGUGAGUUUUUUUUACUACUCAACCGAUCAUCAUGAAGUAUUACGUCGGGGAUAGGGACAUACGUUUUUGGGGUUACAGAA